AUGUCAUUUCCAUUCACUUUUCCCAGUCGAAAUUUAAAUACUUCUCCAUCUUGCAAGCAGCUUCAAAGCACAUCAUACUCAAUAUAUAACCUUACUGAAAUUACCCCACACCAUUUGCAAGAAUAUAACAGCUCUCCUUCAGAUUCUCCCCAUAAGUCCAAUACAUUUAUUCCUCUUUAUUUUUCUGAUAGUAAGAAAGUUAUCAGAUCUAAAAGUUCAAUAGACUGAGGAGAAGAAGUUAGUCACCAUCUUAAUCCUCAUCAUAGAAAAAUUUCUAGCAUUAUAAGCAAUUGCAAUAUAAUUCAAGACGAUUUGGUUGGCACCUGAAAAAAUGCAUCAACAGCUGCAAGAUCAUACAUACAUUACGUAGACGGGCUCGUGCCCUUAAUUUUAACGCAAUCACCGAAGAUCCCUUAUGGGAUUCGUCCGCUUUGCGACCUUCCUUCCGUCGGGUCUCCUCCUUGUCUCUUGUAAAAGACUCCAGUGUUUAGUGGGCAGAUUACGGUUUGUGUGGCCUCCUGAGGCUGAGAGAGUACGAAGUUGGCAUUCCGAAAUCCCAAAAAAUCGAAUUUCUGGUAGCCUAUCGGCAAAAGGGUGAAGUCCAGAUCCUGGGACGUAACACCCAGUUUCACGCUAGGCAGUUGUCCGAUUGGUCUAGGUAUUACCUGUAGACUUUGCUGGGCUUGCCCUUUCCAAAUCUGAACCCUCCUUUCCUUUGAGGUAAAAACCAGUCUCGAAUUUGAACUUGGGCUGGGCUCUGCCGAUUGCAGAAUUGUUCACCUAGCAUUGCUGUCCAUUUCAAGGCUAGAAAAACCUUGCCGGAUAUAAUUAAAAUAUAAGUCAAGUAUGUAUGGCCGUGAGGCCAUACCAAAACGAAGACGCCAUAUUUUAAUUAUAACAGCUGCAAGAUCAACUAGAAGCUCAUUAAUUAAUUUGAAUCAAGAAGCAUCCAACAAGAAUUUUAAGUUGUUGCAAAAUAAUUAUGUAUAUAAUGAAGGGAAAAACAAAAUUAAAGAAAAGCUGAGCUCUAUAAACAAACGGCCAGACCUUGUACAUAAGUACGAUAAGGUUGGGUCAAUUUUGAAAUCGCCGAAAAAAUCAGAAAAAAUUAAUAUCCCAAAAGUCCCAGAGUUUAAAAAUUCUGAGCAUGUUUUUAUAACGCCAAAAGAUUUCUAUGAUUUGGAAACGGCAAGGCUUUUGGCUUUAAAUAAAAGAAAUUUUGGGAAUCAUUUUAAUGAUCCAAUUGUAGCUAUUCCUGAAAAAACUCAGCGGAAAACAAAUAGAAUGCUGAACCUUCAUGAAAUAAAUCCUGAAAAAACGAUAUUAACUGACAUAGAAAAAUAUAGAAAUAGCUCUGUGACUGUUUCUCCAUCUCCUUUGCCUUCUUAUGAUAAAGAGGUCGAAUUAAAGCUUGACCACGAAGAGGUCCAGCAAAGACUUCAAAGCAUGAAUCCUCUCAAUCGAUUUAUAUUUACAGAGUUAAAAAAAAUGCAACCUAAGAAUAGUAACGACAUAAAUAUAAGAAAUAGGCAACUCUUAGAAGCUAGGAUAUCUUUAACUUAACUUAACUUACUACUUAUAACGCUUAACGUCCACUGCGGGGUUGGCAGAGCCCAGACCUCCGCUCGCCUUUCGUCGCAUCGGGCCCACAGACCUCUGGGCCGGUCCGCUUCGUUCACCAAAGGUGCGCCUAUGGGCAAGUGUUGCCGGCUUCGACGGGUCAUGGAUGAGCUACUUGCUUGUGACAUGGGUUGCCAUUCCGAAAACCCAAAAAAUGGAUUUUCUGGUAGACUUUCGGCAAAAAGGAGAAACACGUAGCCUGGGACGUAACGCCCAGUUUCACGCUAGGGAGUUGCCCGAUGGGUCGUGUGGACUCUGCUGGGCUUCCCCUUUCCAACUGCCGUGCUUUCCUUCCCCACGAGGAAAAAAACCAUCUCUGAGAGUAGACUAGGGCUAGGCUCUGUACUCCACCAGAAUUGCUUACCUAGCAUUGCGUCCAUCUCUGAAAUGGCAAAACCUUGCCGGAUAUAAUUAAAAUAUGAGUCGAGGCUGCAUGGCCAGAGGCCAUGCCCAAACGAAGACGCCAUAUUUUAAUUAUCAGAAGCUAGGAUAUCAAAGGAUAAUAACCUUUUAGAAAAAUUAAGUGAAGAAAAAAGAAACAAAGAUGCGAAACCCCAUCUUGAUACUCACGCAAAACAAAACAUUAGACAAGUGAAAUAUAAGAAAAAGCGGCAAAUGAGCUCAGAUGAAGUACAGAUUUUUGAGGCAAUUAAGAUUGAGUCAGAUAAUAUUCCACUUCAGCGUAAGUUAGUUAGGCUUGUUACAGAUAGACAGCACCAUGCUUUCAUAAAUAAAGAAAUUUAA